AUGAAAAAGACGCUGGGUUAUGCAUUAACUUCGAGAGCUGGGUGGAAGCAAGGCAGUGGUCCAGUCAGCAAGCAAAAGAGUUGGGAAGCAGCAAGGAAAAACUUAAUGUUUUUGACAGAUGAUGACAGGUUUUCCAAUGUGUUUUGUGAAGAGUCUAAGCAGCUUAUCGAUAUAGAUUUGUUUGCCUUGGCUGCUAAGUAUUAUUCUUUGUCCAGCCUCGGAGUGUGUACCCCAUUGGAACACGUACUUGAAGCACUGAGAGGAGACAAUCAAGGAAGAACAGGUGUCAAAACUGAUGAGUUUAUGAAUAAUAAGAAAUCACAUGAAGUGCAGGUGAUGUCAGAGCUGGUAGACAACAUAGUGAAUUAUUGUGGUAUAAAGCAGGUGAUUGAUAUAGGCUCUGGGAAAGGCUACCUGAGUUCAUUUUUGUCCAUGCAAUAUAACUUGAAAGUUUAUGGAAUUGACUCUUCAAACAACAACACUAAUGGUGCUCAUGAAAGAAACAGAAAAUUGAAGAAACACUGGAGAGCAUAUCAGAGUCGAGGAAGAGCAAACCUCAAAAGCCAGAGGUUGGAAAAGGCAAAUGAUAGACCAAUGGAAAGUGAAAUUAAAAGUAAAGCAAUCAGUGAAAAGCCCUUAAGUAAUGACAGCAGUCUUCAAAGUCAAGACCAAGUGACUAUCCAAGAUACAGUUCCUUCUUGUGGUUUCACAGAAAUAGCUCCAUCAGAAACCAACAAAAAAAAUGAGGUUGAUUUGGUGGCUCAAACUCAAUCUGAUGAGAGCAAACUUUCUGAAGAGGUUCUUGCUGUUCUAAAUGUUCUGCCUGCUGAUGCUGUAGAAUAUUUUUCUUCAUCUCAGUGUAAGUGUGGGGAGCUCUGUGAAGAGGAGAAGAUGCGAAGAAAAAUGGCAUCUCUCAAGGCUAAAGCGAGCAAAUCGAGUGAAUCAAACCUGUAUUUUCCACUGACGUCUUGCAUCACUGCAGAAACAGAACUCAGUGACAUCAUAACAGAUCUGGAGGACUGUAUGAUGGUGGGUCUACAUACGUGUGGUGAUCUUGCUGCAAAUACACUACGAAUUUUUACUGCCGAGCCUGAAAUCAAAGCAGUUUGCAGUGUAGGCUGCUGCUACCAUCUGUUGUCAGAACAGUUUGAAAACCAAGAAGAAUGCCCAGAGGAUGUGUGGGGAUUUCCCAUGUGUCAGUACUUGAAGGACAAGGGCUGGUGCUGUGGUCGCAAUGCUAGAAUGUCAGCGUGCUUGGCUUCGGAGCGAGUUGCAGUUGGCCAAAUGCUGCCUACAGAAUCGUUGUUUUAUCGAGCUGUUCUUCAGGUUAUUAUAGAAGAAAUUUAUGGUGUCACCAAAAGUGAUCGACAUGUUGGAAAAACUUACUCCAAAUCAUCCUCCUUCAUAGAUUAUGUCAGAAAGUCUCUGAAAAAGCUGGAACUGGAUGAUUCAAAGGUCCCAGACAGCUGUAUAAUGGAUUACUAUGAAAAAUACAAGCACAGAAUGAAUGAGCUUGAAGCAUUUAAUAUGCUGAAGGUUGCUCUGGCUCCCUGUAUAGAAGUUUUGAUACUUCUGGAUCGUCUUUGCUACCUCAAGGAGCAGGACAACAUUGCCUGGUCUGGACUUGUGAAGUUAUUUGAUCCCGUGAAAUCCCCCAGAUGCUAUGCAGUUAUUGCUCUGAAGAAACGGUCAAGUUUUUAA